GGAAGAAGAGAGGAACAUGGGAGUAGGGUCUUGGGGGUCCUAGACCACAUAAUUUGGUCUAAUGAGCCAAAAGGACAUCCCCUCUAUCAUCACACUCCAUAAUUUCGACCCAUCCCCUUCAAACAACAAAAGAAAUCCCUGCAAUCCACCAUCCCCCAUAGCCAUUUCGAGCUCAAGCUUUAGUGGUCCAAGGAAGAGGUUUUAAGAAGGCAAAAGUUAGGAAAAGUGUGAAUAAUUAAGGCACUUGUAAAGGGUAUUUCAAGUGAUUUCACAAAGUUGGAAAAGUCGCCGGAAUUGUCGCCGGAGUUGACCAAAAGUCGCCGGAGUUUCACCGGAGCUCAACCAAGAAGGGUAGAACCUCCUAACGCUAGUUCAAGGUUGAAGCUAGGGCUUGCUACUUGCACCUUCUCACGGGUGAUAUCAAAUCAGGAAGACGUGAAAUGGAGGGUAAGCGAAAGGCAACAAGGAAUGACCCUAAGGGACAAGCGUCGGUAGCUUACCUUGAGGCUAGCCGGGCUGUGUCACGAGCCAUUACGGGGAGAGGAAUAGGCCAUGGGGUCCGUGAGGGCCGCCAAGCGGCAAGCGCUAAUCAAGUGGGCUCGAUGUGUAACAUGAACACCAGGAGGAACGAACGUAGGCGUCAGGCGAGGCGAGAUCGGGCCACCUCCCAACGUGAUAUGACUGUCAGCCAAACCCAUCCUUGGGCAAACGACCAAGGAGGAGAAAGCACUCUUACGGCACCGGCAUCACCGGUGAAAAAGAAAAGGACCUCAAGGUGGCAUACGUCCUUUCCGUACUCUUUCAGACCAUCCAAAUGUUCGAAUUGCUCUAAGAAACAUUUCGGAAGGUGCAACGGGCCCCCGAUGUGCUACGAAUGUGGGAGCACAACCCACAUGAAAUUAAGUUGCCCAUGGAGGAGGCAACGAGAGACAUCGCAAGCCAAGGAAGGGCUCACCGUGGAAGGAAACCAUACGGAACCAACGGCGAGCAACGCUACGUCCGUCAAUCGAGGCGGGGCCCAAGCACGAGACUACGCGAUGACCGAGGCGGAUGCGAGAGCAAACCCAGACUCCGUUACAGGUUGAAGCUAGGGCUUGCUACUUGCACCUUCUCACGGGUGAUAUCAAAUCAGGAAGACGUGAAAUGGAGGGUAAGCGAAAGGCAACAAGGAAUGACCCUAAGGGACAAGCGUCGGUAGCUUACCUUGAGGCUAGCCGGGCUGUGUCACGAGCCAUUACGGGGAGAGGAAUAGGCCAUGGGGUCCGUGAGGGCCGCCAAGCGGCAAGCGCUAAUCAAGUGGGCUCGAUGUGUAACAUGAACACCAGGAGGAACGAACGUAGGCGUCAGGCGAGGCGAGAUCGGGCCACCUCCCAACGUGAUAUGACUGUCAGCCAAACCCAUCCUUGGGCAAACGACCAAGGAGGAGAAAGCACUCUUACGGCACCGGCAUCACCGGUGAAAAAGAAAAGGACCUCAAGGUGGCAUACGUCCUUUCCGUACUCUUUCAGACCAUCCAAAUGUUCGAAUUGCUCUAAGAAACAUUUCGGAAGGUGCAACGGGCCCCCGAUGUGCUACGAAUGUGGGAGCACAACCCACAUGAAAUUAAGUUGCCCAUGGAGGAGGCAACGAGAGACAUCGCAAGCCAAGGAAGGGCUCACCGUGGAAGGAAACCAUACGGAACCAACGGCGAGCAACGCUACGUCCGUCAAUCGAGGCGGGGCCCAAGCACGAGACUACGCGAUGACCGAGGCGGAUGCGAGAGCAAACCCAGACUCCGUUACAGGUUGAAGCUAGGGCUUGCUACUUGCACCUUCUCACGGGUGAUAUCAAAUCAGGAAGACGUGGUUCGUGCUUCCUUAUUUUCUUUCAAACUACCGAACACUUGCUCAUGGAUAUUUGUUCUGCUAUAAACUAUUUUUGGGGCUUGCAUGCCCAUGUUGUUGGCCGGGUGUGGCUUAUGACUUACCGUUGAAUAUUUCCGCUAUUCAUUGGUUUGAAUGUGAUGUUGUUAUGUAUGUUUACUACUGAGUAUGGAUGGA